UGGAUCAUUUUUGCCAAUACAACAUGCCAACACUUUAUUCCCCUUUUUGUACCAGAUGGUCCCAAAUGAAGCCCAACAGCACAUCGGAGUUGUGCAGUUACUCAAACAUUUUGGAUGGACAUGGAUUGGGCUUGGUGCUGUGGAUGAUGACAAAGGGGACCAGUUUUUGCAGACAAUGGCCCCAAUGCUUGAUGAAAAUGGCAUCUGUUAUGCCUUCAUCAUAAGAAUACCAAAAUGGAAUUAUGUGGAUGAGAUUAUAGAAUAUGUUUCACAACGUAUAGAAUACUAUUUAACUGUCUUCAAGGAGAAAGCCAAUGUGUUUUUUGUAUAUGGAGAACCUCCAUCCUUUCAGGCUUUGAGAAUGUUGUUCUUUGCAGCACCAUUCAUGGAAUUGCCACCUCUUGGAAAAGUCUGGAUUGUUACAUCUCACUGGGAUUUUGCAUCACACUCUAUGCAAAAGAUUUGGGAUUUACAAACCUUCCAUGGUACCAUAUCUUUCACAGUUCACUCAAAUCAGCCUGAGGGUUUCCAAAAGUUCCUUCAGAUGGUAAGACCUUCGUGGUUCAAAAGAGAUGGCUUUAUUCAAGACUUCUGGGAACAGGCUUUUGACUGUUUGCUAACAACGUCCAAGGAGUGGGAAGGAGAGGAGAAUAAAACCUGCACUGGGGAAGAGAAUCUGGAGAGUCUUCCUGGAGGUUUGUUUGAAAUGAAAAUGACUGGCCACAGCUACAAUGUCUACAAUGCUAUCUAUGCUGUGGCACAUGCUCUGAAUGCUAUAUUCCAGUUCAAAUCCAUGUAUAGAAGAUUGGAAGAAGGACGAAAAAUGGCAUUUCAGAAUGUGGAACCAUGGCAGGUCCAUCGUUUUCUACGGAGCAUCGUUUUCAAUAACAGUGCUGGAGAUAGUGUGCACUUCAAUGAAAAUGCGGAAUUAGUUGUAGGUUUCGAUGUAACAAACUGGAGGAUUUACCCCAAUGGUUCGGUGAUUAGAGCCAAAGUUGGAAAACUGAACCCUCAGGCUUCUUUCGGCAGGGAGUUAACCAUUCAUGAUGAUCAGAUUGCGUGGCAUGAAAGCUUUAAUCAGAUGCUGCCUGUUUCUCUAUGCAAUGACAACUGCUAUCCUGGCUACAGCAGGAAAAAGAAGGAGGGAGAGAAAUUCUGCUGCUAUGAUUGUGUUCCAUGUCCAGAAGGGACCAUCUCUAACCAGAAGGGAAGUGGGGGCCCCUUCUAG